UGUAAGAGUUGUUUCCCUUUGUUUAUGUGUAAAGGCUGAAAUUAGAUCAACACAGACUUGUUUUAGAUGAAUAUAAUUGAUAACAGCAUUUAACACGACUAUAAGAAGUGUGGUCACAUAAUUUAUUAACUUGAUAACUUCAGUAAGAUGGUAGAAAAACUUGCUGUUUUUGUAGGUUGCGCGUGACUGCGGUUUGGAACGGUCUGGAUUUUAAAAGAGGUCCUGGAAAGGGUAGCCAAGAUAGACAGAAUGGCGUACCUGGAAGAUAUUAAGGAUUUUCCUGGAUAUAAAGUGAUUCUCAAAGCUGUUCUUAGAUCGCAGAUACAGCAACUGGUAGAUCAGCUAGCAGCAGAAACAGAUGAAGAGUCAGUGGUUCUUACAGCAAAUGUCACUGACAAAACUCUCUGUCAGCUUGGUUCAAAUUAUGGGAAAAUGUUUUUGACCACAUAUGCUGAUGUCAAACAACAGUUCCUUGGAUUUUGUCUCCAUGGGCAUGAGAGUUGUUCAAGCAUUAGUGGAUUGCAAGUCAAUCAAACAACAUCAUCUGACAGCCAACCAUGUGAAAAUAAGAAACCAAAAACAUCCAGGAAUUCAAAGAAAAGGAAGAAAUAUUCUCGAUAUGGGACAAAACCUCGCUAUACCCCGUAUCAAAACAAACAUACACAGCCAGACGAUCCUGGUACACUGAGUGAAGAAAUUUCAGACCUUAUUCUCAAGAAAACAAAAGACUGCAAAACUGAUGCAGCACAUGAAAGUAAUACUGAAGCAGAAAAUUCAAAUAAUAGUGCCAGUGACUUAAAUUCAGAAAUAUCAAAUUUUAGUGGAAACAUAACCACUGGAAAUGUAAGAAUUUCUUGUAGUAAGCGUAGUAAUAAGGAAGAAGAGUCUGUGUCUCAUAGUAGAAGUUAUAAUGAAAGAUGUAAUGUAAAACAAAAAUCUAAAGAAGUUACUGAUGACGUUAGUCACACACAAGCACCUAAUGAUGUUUUAGAGAAGAAUAGUGAGUGUAACAUUGAUGAUAACAUCGAUUACAAUAGAGUAACAGACAAAUGCAGUGCUGUCUCUAGUGGAGGUCUUGAAUCAUUUGAUGAAAGUAGACAGGAAGUUUCAGGUGUUUCUGCGAACCUUGAAGAAAAUGGUGCUGUCCGAAUUUUCCGUGGCAUUAGUGAAACUUAUUCGGGUGUUUUAGAAAUUGGGGGAAAUUUUCCCUUUGGAAAAACUACAAAAUUUGAAAUUAAAGAUGGUCCUCCUGAUAUUGUAAGUGAUGCUCACAACAUUACAAACCAGAGCCAAGAAAGCUUGCAAUCGAAACAUGCAAUAUUCACAAAAGACACAACAUGUGAUAGUGCAGAUGAUGAAGAUGAUGAUAAUGUCAGUGAAAGGUCUUGCCAAUCUCAGAAAGUAUCACAAACAAACAUUAAUGAAGGAAGUAUUGAUGAUAGUAAUGAAGAAGAUGAGGAUGAUCAGUGUAGCAAGGAAGACAGCAUUAAAGAUUAUCUUAGUGAUGAAGAAAGCAAAUUGGACACCAUAAAUGUGAAACUAGAUGAUGAUGGUGAACAAAUGUCAAAACAGAAUAACAGUUGCACUAAAACCAUAAAGGACGAAAAAGAAACCAGAGCUGAAAGUAUUGAAGUUAUGCAAGUGUGCCAUCAAACUAUGGACCAAAUAACGCAUUGUGUUGCUCGUGCAAUAAGUGAAGAAAGGAAAGAAAAAAUAGCUACAUUAGAAAUACAUCCAAAAGGAAUAAGUGAAAUUCAUAACGAAGAACAGUCAAGAAGUUCAGAGAGUGAUGGAAACAUGGAAAAUGUUUCUGUAGAUGAACCAGAUGGUACAAACACAAAUAACGAAGACACUAAUGACUCUGUGCAAACCAGUGAAGAUGCUGCUGAUGCAGGUGAUGAAGAACUGCACGAUAAAUCAUACAAAGUUCUUGCCAUUUGGAAUGAGAUUGCUAAUGAUACAAAUAAUGCAAGUAGUGAAGUAUUAUAUGAUCUCAUAGCUGAUAAACUGAAACAAGAUCGUCAGAAAAAGAAAUCUGUUGAUAGGGAUUCACAGACAGAAAUACUUAAAUGUAAUACUGCAAAUAUUAAUAAAGUAGAACAAACAGAAGUAUCUGUGGAUCGAAAUGAUGAUGUAAGAAGCAAGGCUAUGGGGAUAGGAGAGACUUCCUAUGGAAGAGAAAGUGAAAGCUUUAAACAAAGUGAAUGUUUUGAAGAUAGUAUUCAAACAGAUCAAGAAACAGUAGAUAGAGGAAGUGAACACAGUAGUGAGAAAUCUUUAAUGUGGGAUGUCAGGCAAAGUUCUAGUGAAGGUGAUUCGAAUAAACGCAGUAGGCAAAACUCUGUAACACAAACAAAUGAGAACGUAGAUCGGAACAUAAGUCGGCAGAGUAGUUGCGAUAAGCAAGUCACGGUUACAAGUAACCAAACAAGAACAGAGGGCAGUAGAGAGACAGUAGUCGAAAAUGAGAUUAAAAUAUCAAAUGAAAGUGAACCCAAAACAAAUAUUGACAAGAAAGCAAAUGUACCAGUUGUCAUUGACACAAAUCAUACCAAGACUACUAAAUCAAGUACACUGAAUACACCUGUGAAGCAGGUUGGGAGUAGGGUUACAGGUGCAAAUACACCUAAGCAAGUUAAGACCCAAACACCAAAUGUUAACAAACAAAAAGUACAAUCGGUUACGCCUGGUAAGCAGGGUAGAAGUUUAGUAGAUAAUUUGAUUUCUACAGGUGUGCCGAUAAUAAUUCCUGAUGAUGACGAUGAUGAAGAGGAGAUAGAUGAAACUGAUGAUUUUAUGCCAAGUCCAAGGUCUACAGCUUUUGAAAUGAAAUCAAAGCAAUACCGUGAACAGCAAGAAAUGAGGUCGGCAAAAAGAAUAACACAGGUUGCCCAGAGACAAGGAUAUGGAACGUACAUCACACAGGCUGCUUCUCAGAUGCCACAAAGCAAUUUUGCAUCGAAGCAAUCAUAUAGUCAGUACCCUUCUCAGCUUCAACAGCAACAAUACGAGUACCAAGAGUAUCAAGACAGAGUACAAUAUAGAAACCAACAAUAUCUUCAAGAACAGUAUGCGUAUCAAGAGUAUCAUGAUCAGCAGCAAUAUGGAAAUCAACAAGUUGCCACUCAGCAGAUGUAUCCUUCUCAGCAAGCGUCAUCUCAGUUAAGACAACAGCUAUUCACUCCACCAAAGAACAUAAGUGGUGCUUCUUCCACCAGAGGGCGUCCAGUAAAGUCUCUACCAUCACCAGUUCGCGAGAUGUCGCCUCAGUCACACAAUUUUUCUCCUCCCCAAACACCAACCACACCUAAAGGAAGUCCAUAUUUCAAACAAGGCUAUAUGACUCCUACGAAACAUCAGCAAAAUAUACAGUCACCUCAGACAAGAAUAAACCCGAACCAGUCUCCAGCCCAGAAAGUAUCAUUGCAACAGAAUCGUUCUUCAUCCAUAGCAAAACCAAAUAUUCCAUCUGGAACAACAAUAGUAAUUGAAGAUGAGCCAGUUGCACUGAAAAGAAAAUUACCAACUUCAGUAAUAACUCCACAGCAUCAGCAGCAGUCUAUGCAGAAACAGGUAUAUUUGUUGAAGUCGCCAGUAGCUAACCCACAACAACAACAACAACAUUCUGUUCAGCGGCAUAGUGCUGAAUCAGUACCAAAAAGUUAUAUGGAUUUAUUGAGACUUCAACAACAGACAGCAUCAGGAUUAGACAAUAGACCAUUGAAGGCUGGGACAGGCACACUUCCUGUAAUAUCAAAUGUUGCAAGUAUACCUGCACCUAAUAGAGACAAUAUGACUGGUGCACAAAUACAACAAGCAGAAUAUAGACAGUUAGCUCCAAAGCCAAUUCCCGACUUUGAUGCCACUGCUGUCCGCCAAACAAAUGAAAAAACACCAAUAAAAAGAAGCAGAUCUGACGAUACUGUGACGUCACCAAGUAUGGUGGUAACUGAACCGGCUAACAAACGUAGACAUACAUCCGAAGAAAAUACUCGUAAAUCUCAACAUGCAGAUGUUAAACCUUUAGAGAUGACUUCGGUACCUGUUCAAGGUCAAAGUAAUGUUGAAGGUCAAAUUUCUCCUAGUAAAAUGCCCCCUAAAUUAGAAAUAGACAUAGAUGACGUUCGAGGAGUUCUGCCUGAGCCAGGUAACCAACUCACUUCAUUGAAAAGUCCUCCGAUGUCUUCAAAAUUAAGCGAAAUAUCAGAAGAGAAACCAGUAAUUCCUAUAGCUACACAGUUAGCAAGAUCUGAUCUCAAAUCAUUUUCACCCCCUGUAAGUCCAUCUACAAAACGCCUCCAUGCUACACCAGGGACACGUUCAAAAACAACUGCUGGAACGCCCACUUAUUCCACACAGAGCUCUAGUGAUGACUCAUCGGUGACGUCACAGGAAGCGCCCUCUCAACCAAUAAAAAAGUUUGGUUGUGGUGACUGCGGAAAAUCAUACACAACAAAGGCAGCUUUGAAUCAACAUUUCAGGAAACAUACUCAAGAAAGACCUUUUGAAUGUGACGUAUGUGGUAAACAUUAUUCACAGAAAGGAUAUCUCAAGAAACAUAUUCGUACACAUUUUUCGGAAAAGUGAAAAUGAAUUUGUCUGUUUAUAAGAAAGGAGUUGAAAUAAGUGGCAGCAGUUUUGAAUGAAGAUCUGGCUUUUCUGAUUUAAAAUGAAAUCCCAUAUACUGCCAUAUAUAUAUGUAUAAAUUGAUGCUCAGUUGUGAUGUAAUUUUUUUUAAACAACUUGUUUCACUGUUGUUAAGCAAUAUUAGUGUUUAUUACAGUAUACUUUCAGACAGCAGUGUAAUAUACUGUUUUAAUCACAUUAUGACAUACUGUAAAAUCUGGUAAAUAAGCUUAUACGCUAAAUGAUAAUUUUAGUGGCAGUUUUAUGCGCCUAUUUUUGAUAUGUGCUUAUAUUUGAUAUGCGCUUAUAGACAAGCCUUAUAUGCCUAUUUUUGAUAUAUUUGGAAAAUUGACAGUGCUUACCUCGGUUGAGAAAACGAAAGUAAAACAUGGACAUGGAUAUGCGCAGUGAACUACUUCCUUUUAUGGCAUAUAGUAUUUAUACAUAAUGAAAGCAUAAUGAUCAUAUUGCAAAUAAUGUUCAAUCUCUCGGACCAUUCAAUCACUGUUCAGCACUGAGAUUGUAGCGUUCAACUACCAUAUUCACCGACUAUUAAGAGGCAUUUUAUCCAUAUUGUUUUCACAGAUUUACACAAGAUGACAAACUGUAAUGACAACGCAAACAAAUUUCAUGAUAUUCGAACUUUUAUUUUUUUUGACUGAGAACAUUUCCUAUUCAAAAAGCAUGAUAAUCUUAAACGAUUAACGUUUUACCAGACAAGAGACGUUAAAAUCUUUUAACACCCAUCGGCUAUUCAAUAGGUAAGAACACUUGUCACCUGUAUUCAUGAUAAACAAUCAUCACAGUAUAGUACCGUUAAUUACGUCUUUUUGCAUCUGUUGUUUGUAUUCAGUAUUCGGAAAUGCGCCUACUUUCGAGACAAAAUUAAGAUAAGGGCAUGACAUGCGCUUAUUAUCCCAUACGGAACAACGGUAAGGCAGUAUGUGCUUACUUUUGAUAUGCGCUUAUAUUCGAAUAUGCGCUUAUUUACCAGAUUUUACAGUAUUCAACUAUCGUGUUUUUAGUUUUUUCAUUUAGAUCAGUUGUAAAAAAUCAGGGUGACAAAUAGAACAUUACAGGAAAUUUCUUGGCAAAAAACUGGCAGAUAAAUCCUUACAUAACAGUGUCAUUUUAAAUUUUUCCGAGAUUUUUGUCUUCCUAUUCUAGAUUCAUAUUUAACUUUAACCUAAAACAAAUUUAGAUCUUAUGAGAACUUUUGACAACUGAUUAAUUUUUUACUACAUUCUGGGACUGAGUACAUAAAACAUUAAUAGGUUGGGAUUUUGUUCUUGUAACUGUCAUUUAAGGUCCUUAUAUGUAUUAGUGUCUCAUUUUAAAAGUAAUUUUUAAUCUUUAGUCUGCUGGCGGCAAGUAAUUUUGCCUUUGUGACCAGUGCAAACCAAGAUCAGCCUGCACGGACAUGCAGACUGGUCAUGGUCUGCACUGUUCGCAAUUCAUUAUUAAAUUUUCAGUGAACACCCCUUCGAUUAAUAAAUGGUAUUGCACAAACUGAAUGAAGGACAAGUCCAUUUUAGAAACUUAGCAGGGUAAAGGUUAAGUAUAUGGAGCACGGAAGGACUCGUUAUCAUGCAUACAAAUUUCUACCAAUUAAGUGCAUCAUUACGGAACAUGUAUAUAUUCCAUUUGUAAACUUAAUUUUGUGUGUGCAUUGUUCAUGUUGGUGUAGAUGUUUUUUGUAUUACAGUUAAAGAUUUUAAUUUAGCAUAGUUUGAAGUUUUAUCUCCUUGGGGCUUUUUAUACCAUGUUUGAUAACAAAAAUGGAUGAAUGCAAAAUGGUUUUAGUGCUAGAUUUAAGUUAAUAAAGAGCAGAAGCCGAAUGCCAAUGUAAAAAUGUAGAUAUAUUGAACCUUCUUUUAAUUUUACAUGCCCUUAAAAAACAAAACAAAAAACAGGACAUAUAGAAUGGCAAUGAUAGUCUGUCAACAUUUUACUAAUUUUAGACUAGAAAUCAGUCAGUAUGAUAGCAGCAGCUUUAAAACUGUAAAUGAUCACUAAGCACCACUUGAGGAUGGUCUCUGUCUUUUUGUAUACCGGUGUGAUAUUGGUGGUCAGUAGAUCUAAGUUCAAGGUCACAGACAGUGUCCACGAAAUUGAAAAUGGUUUUCGUACUUUAAGGUCAUUAACUUUAACAGCUACAGCUUUCAAACACACUAACUAAAUACCACACGAGAAAGAUCUCUCUUGAUUUUGGAGUCAGCUGCUCAAAGGUCACAUUGUUGUGACUUAUUUUCUGGUAUUCCCCACCGACACCCCAUUCAUACCCCCUGUUCAUCUCCUUGUCUGCUCCUGUAAUUUUUCAUUAAGCUCACUUGUGGUUGAGCUAUUAUGAUAACUAGUCAUUAGUCGUCCAUCCAUUCACACUUUUCCCAAACAACACCUCCAUUAGGCGGAUGAUGAUGUAACUUGGCCUGUUUUUUUUCCUUGGAUUGUCCUCGAACAAUGCUGUUCCAAGAAUUUUAUUCCAUAUAGAACACUGGUUGCCAUGGCAUAAAAAUGUAUUACGCUGACGUAUAUAGCAAACAAAACAAUUUUUAACAGGGCCACUUAAGUAUGAAAUAAAUCUGGUAACUUGACUUUGACUUUAAUGCAUAAAAACAAUUGUUUUUUGUUCUUGAACACUAUAUUUGUACACUGGUAUGACAUUAACGGCAGCAUGAUUGUCAUGUCGGACAGUUCUACUGUCAGGAACAUACCUAUGUCAUAAUUCAAAGAAAUUGUAUACAACUUGAAAACAUGCUUGAGUAAAUAUUUCUUUUAUGCUUAAUGUUGUGCUUUUCAUAUAAUUUUGUAUGACAUGAAAUGUCAUUAGUAUUAAUUUCAUGGUACUGGGAUGGAUGACGCAACACUAUGGUUAUUGAACAUUAACUGCUUUACAGUUUUACUAAAUACUAAUUGCAAUCAUGUAAAAAGUCUCUGUUGUCCCAUUGUCAAAGAAAGUGUAUAGUUUUCUUUGAUGUUUAUAAGUCUUUGAUAGACUUUGAUAGAUAGCGAUACCUAAUUUGUCUUCUGACCUCCAAACACUUAGGUCUUAUUUUUAGCUCGACUAUUAGAAGAAUAGGGGAGCUAUCCUACUCGCCCCGGUGUCUGCGUCGGCGUGAGCGUUAGCGUUAGCGUCACACAAAUGUUAAAGUUUGCGUACCACCCCAAAUAUUUUCAAAGUCCAUUGAGAUAUUGCUUUCAUAUUUUGCAUACUUGUUUACCAUCAUGACCCCAGUUUGUAAAACAGGAGCAGACAACUCGAUCAAGCUUUUUGACUGAAUUAUGGCCCCUUUUCAACUUAGAAUAUGCUUAUUGUAAUGUUAAAGUUUGCAUACCACUUCGACUUAGAAUAUGCUUAUUGUAAUGUUAAAGUUUGCAUACCACCCCAACUAUUUUCAAAGUCCAUUGAGAUAUUGCUUUCAUAUUUUGCAUACUUAUUUACCAUCAUGACCCCAGUUUGUAAAACAGGAGCAGACAACUCUAUCAAGCAUUUUGACUGAAUUAUGGCCCCUUUUCAACUUAGAAUAUGCUUAUUGUAAUGUUAAAGUUUGUACUCAUAGCUUAUAUUAUACUAUCAAGCAGUGAGAAUAGUCGAGCGCGCUGUCAACUGACAGCUCUUGUUUGUUUUGAAAUUAACAAUUCAGUGAACUCCUCUGAUUUUGUCAGUACUAAGAGGAAUAAAGGGAGUAGCAAAUUUGAUUACCUGUCAUGGACAGACUGUGUCACACUGAGUUUUCUGUUAUUUUGCUGUUAUUUUAUGUGUUCUAUGCUUCCAGCGGACCUUGAGGAUUGUAUUCAUCCAUAUUUAUUUUUAAACAAUUGAUAUCAAAGCUUGUUAGAGUUAAAUACAGUAUUAAAAGCAUUUGUAAAAUUUUGCACUGAAAGGUUUUAGGGAACUUACAGUAAGUUGAAAACAGCAACUUGUGAAUCAACUUCACUUGAAAUAACCUAUAAUUGUUAGAUAAAACCCUUUUGUAAUUUUAUUUAAACAUUAUCUUUUCAUAAGGUGGAGACAAAUGUUGAACAGAAAGAAAGAAGAUUUUUUUUUUUUGAGUGAACCACUUAGUAAUUUAGCAAUAAUAUAUUUUUUUUAAUCCGUCAUAGGUUAUUCACCUGAGGGGACUGUGAUUUGCACCCAACCUGUCCACCUUUCUGUCAGUUAGUCCUUCUUCCCACCUGGUACACAAAGUAGGAACUUGCAGCAACUUUAAGAUAUCCGUCUAAAUGAGAUGUGGAACCAAAAUUUGUAGUCCUGUUUGGCGCCAUAUAACCUAUACUGUGUUGGUGCGCCGUAAAACCCAAAUAGAUAAAUAAAUUAAGAUAUCCGUCAUCAUCACUCUAAUUGAUAAAUUUUGGUCCAAUCUUAAUGAAACUUGGUCAGAAUAUUUCCUUCGGUAAAAUCUGGGACAAGUUCAAAACUGGGUCAUAAGGGAUCAAAAACUAGGUCUUUAGGUCAAAUACUAGAAAACUUUUGUCAGCACUAGAUGCCACAAUAUCUGAUCAUAAAACAUUGCAAGACUGAUUGUCUAUGUAAAAUGUAGUUAAAUUUUGAUCUUUAAAUUUUUGUGAUCAAAAACAUUAUCACUAGGUUAAGUCAUAGAAACAUCUUGUUAUCACUCUAGAGGCCACAGUUUCUGCUUGACUUUCAUUUGUCUUUGUCAGACAAUUUAAAAAUUUGGCAGAUCCUAAACUGGAUUGUCAAACAACUUCGUGAACACUUUAGAUGCCAAAUUUUUUCUGCUAGAUCAUCAUGAAUCUGCCUUUAUGAAAUCUUAGGUCAGAUAUAAAACUGGGUUACAUGAGGCCACAAACUAUGUUAUUAGGUCAAAACAUAGAUAAACCUUAUCCACACAUCAGAGGUUAUAUUUGUUAUUUGAUCUUCUUGCACUUUGUCAAAAUGAUUGUCUAUCUGAAGUAUAUGCCGUGCAAAAACUGAAAUAUCUGAUGUCACAUAGUCAGAUAAAAGGUUUCUUUCUAGUGGCAACAUUAUCUGUCCGAUCUUAAUAAAACUAUGUGAGAAAGGUGAUCGUAACGAGAGCUAGGUCAGGACUGAAAUUUAAGUAUAUAAGUUAAAAAUCGGAUAUAGAAAAACUUGUUUACACUGUAGAUACUGUAUUUUCUAACUUAUCUUGGAGGAAUGAAACUCAGCCAACAAGGUCCGAUAAUUGAAAACUUGGUUAUCGUUUAACUUGAUUUACUUAAAGCAUAGUAAGAAUGCUUGUUUUAAUGAAACUAAGUUAAAAUUGGUUACAAGGUUAUUUGUGAACGAGUAAGAAUUGGGAUAGGCGAGUGCUACAGCGAGCCCAUGUCCCCUUGUUUUAUGAACCUAAGAAACUUAGUACAACGGAAAGUGGCAAUAUGGAGAAAAUUGAGGAUUCUUUUAUUUUGUUGUGACAACAGAGAAGUGUGUUGCUAUAGCAACAGAUAAUCAAAAAAAGGAAAAUAGUGGUAAAAUAGGAUCUGGUGAUGAAUUUAAAAGUACAUGAUAUUUUAUUGUGAAACUUGUUUCGUUGAAAAUAGCAAUGUGGAGAAUACAAACGUCCUUUUAUUUGCUUUGGCAACAGAUAAAUGUGGUGGUAAAGCUUAUCUUGCAACAACAUAAAAAUGCUUGAUUUUUUUUCGUAACACCUUGUACAUAGGUGGAAGAAAGUGUAGAAAACAUGCUUAUUAUUAUUUUUUGUUCAUUGUCCAUCUGUCUGCUUGUCUGUCAGUCAAGAACGGUGGGCUCUGCAUAACUUUUAUAAGUACAAGAGAUUUUCCAUUAAACCUGGACCAUAGAUAAAACGCCAGGUAUAGAAUAUACACAUAAUUAUGUCUCCCCCAGGAGACAUAUUGUUUUUGCCCUGUCCGUCCGUCCGUCUGUCCGUCCGUCCGUACGUCACACUUCAUUUCCGGGCAAUAACUGGAGAACCAUUUGACCUAGAACCUUCAAACUUUAUAGGGUUGUAGGACUGCUGGAGUAGACGACCCCUAUUGUUUUUGGGGUCACUCUGUCAAAGGUCAAGGUCACAGGGGCCUGAACAUUGAAAACCAUUUCCGAUCAAUAACUAGAGAACCACUUGACCCAGAAUGUUGAAACUUCAUAGGAUGAUUGAUCAUGAAGAGUAGAUGACCCCUAUUGAUUUUGGGGUCACUCCGUCAAAGGUCAAGGUCACAGGGGCCUGAACAUUGAAAACCAUUUCCGAUCAAUAACUAGAGAACCACUUGACCCAGAAUGUUGAAACUUCAUAGGAUGAUUGAUCAUGAAGAGUAGAUAACCCCUAUUGAUUUUGGGGUCACUCCAUCAAAGGUCAAGGUCACAGGGGCCUGAACAUUGAAAACCAUUUCCGAUCAAUAACUAGAGAACCACUUGACCCAGAAUGUUGAAACUUCACAGGAUGAUUGGUCAUGAAGAGUAGAUAAACCCCUAUUGAUUUUGGGGUCACUCCGUCAAAGGUCAAGGUCACAGGGGCCUGAACAUGGAAAACCAUUUCCGAUCAAUAACUGGAGAACCACUUCACCCAGAAUGUUGAAACUUCAUAGGAUGAUUGUACAUGCAAAGUAGAUGACCCCUAUCGAUUUUGGGAUCACUCCAUUAAAGGUCAAGGUCACAGGGGCCUGCACAUUGAAAACCAUUUCCUGUCAGUAACUUGAGAACCACUUGACCAAGAAUGUUGAAACUUAAUAGGAUGAUUGGUCAUGCAGAGCAGAUGACCCCUAACGAUUUUGGGGUCACUCUGUGAAAGGUCAAGGCCACAGGGGCCUGAACAUUGAAAACCAUUUCCAGUCAGUAACUUGAGAACCACUUGACCCAGAAUGAUGAAACUUCGUAGGAUGAUUGGUCAUGCAGAGUAGAUGACCCAUAACGAUUUUGGGGUCACUCUGUUAAAGGUCAAGGCCACAGGGGCCUGAACAUGGAAAACCAUUUCCAAUCAAUAACUUGAGAACCUCUCGACCCAGAAUUUUGAAACUUCAUAGGAUGAUUGUUCAUACAGAGUAAAUGACCCCUAUUGUUUUUGGGGUCACUCCGUUAAAGGUCAAGGUCACAGGGGCCUGAACAUUGAUAACCAGUUCCGAUCAAUAAUUUGAGAACCACUUGACCCAGAAUGUUGAAACUUCAUAGGAUGAUUGAACAUGCAGAGUAGAUGACCCCUAUUGAUUUUGGAGUCAGUCAAUUAAAGGUCAAGGUCACAGUGGCCUGUUCAUGUAAAAUCAUUUUUUUGGAAAUAACUUGAGAACCACUUGACCUACAAUGUUGAAACUUAAUAGGAUGAUUGGACAUGCAGAGUAGAUGACCCCUAUUUAUUUUGAGGUCACUUGAUCAAAGGUCAAGGUCACAGGAGCCUGAACAGUGACUUGAGAACCACAAGGCCAAGAGUGUUGAAAUUUAGCGGGAUGACUGGACAUGCCAAGUAGAUGAUCCCUAUUGCAGCCAACCAUCAGUGUCUCUUUGACUUUUGCUCCUGACCCCAAUUGACUUCUUGCCUAUAGGACUUUGCAUUUGGGGAGACAUGCGCUUUUUUACAAAAGCAUUUUCUAGUUUCUGUUUUGUUUGUUUAUUUAUCUUUUGCCCAUCUGACUAUUCAUGUGGCAGUUGUAAAAGAUAUACUAUGUUAACGUUUUUAGCUCCUUAGCACAAAGUGCUCGGGGCGAGCUAUUGCGAUCGCUCACCGUCCGUCAGUCUGUCGUUCGUCCAUCUGUCCACACUUUCCUUUAAACAACAUUUCCUCCUAAACCACCAGGCCAAUUUUGAUUACAGGGAUAUUCUUUAGAUGGUCUUCUUUAUAUUUUUUUCGAAUUGAAUUCCAUACAGAACUCGGUAGCCAUGGCAACCAAAAGGAAAAAAACUUUAAAAAAUUUCUUGUCCAAAACCACUGGUCCUGGGGCUUAGAUGUUUGGCAUGUAGCAUCUUCUGGCGGGUCUCCACCAAAAUUAUGCCCCCCCCCCCCCCUCCGGAGUCACAUGGUUUAUAUAGACUUAUAUGAAAAUCUUCUUGUCAAAAACUGCAGAGCCUAGGUCUUUGAUAUUUGGUAUGUAGCAUCAUCUAGAUGGCCUCUACCAAGAUUUUUCAAAUUAUCCUCCUAGAGUUAGAUAUUGCCCUACCUUGGGGGUCACAUGGUUUAUAUAGACUGAUAUAGGGAAAACUUUGGAACUCUUCUUCUACAAAAGCACAUGGCCUAGGGCUUUGAUAUUUGGUAUGUAGAAUCGUAUAGUAGACUUUUCAGUUUGUACAAAUUAUUACCCUGGGGAUAAAAAUGGCCCCGCCCUGGGUGGCAUAUGGUUUGGAAAGACUUGUAAAGGAAAAAGGUAUAGCCUUGAAAUUUGGAUGACAAAUACAGUUUUGCACAUCGAUCAUAAAACUGACUUUCAGUGACCAUGAAUGUGACUUACUGACCUACUUUCUUAAUAUUUUAGCAUCAGUUUGACAUUUGAAACAUGUUCACACAACUGGGAAAAGGUUUCAAUGCUACUUAUAUUUGACAAACUUACCUUAUCUCUUACACUUGUCUAUGUAGCUCAUAUUACUCAGGUGAGUGAUCCAGGGUCAUCAUGACCCUCUUGUUUAAAGGAGUUUGUUAUGAAACAUGAUUUAUAUAUGGUACAGAAUAUGCAGGUCCUUCAAUUUAAUUUCAGUAUAGAAAAAUCUGGUUCCUGUGACAAAUGCCUCUUUUGGUACAGGGUUUUUAUUGCUGAGAAACAUGUUGUUUCUUCUAGGUUGCUGCUUAAACACCAUUUUAGGCUGAGUUACAAUUUGCCGUUUUAUUUUUCUGUGGAAUUAAAUCCAUUAGUUCCCACAAAAUAAGUACAUGUAUUAAUAAAACAAUACUAGCACUGCAAUAGAUAGGCUAGUUUGGUUGCCAUAAUUGCUGUUUACAUUUUUUUGUUCUAAUGCUUUUUGUUACAGUUAAUGCAAAUAAAUGUGUUCACAUUC